AUGGAAUCGUACAAAUCACUUUUCAGUCCUGAUCUCUUGAAGGGCAAAGUUGCUUUUAUUACUGGUGGAUCAAGAGGAGGAAUGCUCAAGGAAAUCGCAAGAGGAUAUCUUCUACAUGGAGCUAAAGGAGUUGUUUUAAUGAGUAGAAAUGCUGAAAAAAAUGGAGAGGUCGCAAAAGAUUUAUCUCAGUAUGGUCAAUGCUUGAGCGAGCCUGGUGAUGUAAGAAAGCCAGAAGAUUGCAAGAGGGCAGUCGCAAAUACUAUCAAAGCUCUGGGUCAAAUAGAUAUACUCGUAAAUGGUGCUGCAGGUAACUUUCUUGCCUCAGCUUCAGCAUUAUCAAUUAAUGGAUUCAGAACUGUUCAGGAAAUAGACACUCUUGGCACCUUCAAUGUCAGUCAAGCAGUUUACAAUGGAUACAUGAAGGAGCAUGGAGGAGUUAUUAUUAACAUUUCAGCUACUCUACACUGGAGUGGAUCUGCACUUUAGGUUCAUUCUGCUGCAGCCAAAGCAGCAAUUGAUUCAAUGACAAAGACAUUAGCAGUUGAAUGGGGUCCAAAUAAGGUCAGAGUCGUUGGAAUUAUCCCAGGUGGAAUUGAAGGAACAGAGGGCUUUGCAAGAUUAAGUGAUGCUAAUGCCAUGAACGAUAAAGAAAAAGCAAAUGCUGCUUUUAAGGAUGGAACUUAAAGCAAUAAAGCUACUAUGGAGUAACUUGGUAAGAAAACUGUGGCUCUAUAAAGAUGGGGAUCUAUAUAUGACAUUGCAAACACUGCUCUAUAUCUUGCUAGUCCAAUUGCCUCUUAUGUCACUGGAACUAAUGUCUUAGUCGAUGGUGGUGCUGUAUUGUUGUAUCCAAACAUGUUAUUUACUGAUCCUAAAUUCGUUGAUAUGUGGUCUCUUGGAAAACUCUGA